UCAGUUAUCUGUUCCUGUCUGUGUGUGUUUUAGCAGAGGACAAAAAGUCCAGCUCGUCCUGCUUUCCGCUCAGUUUCUGCUGCUGGUUGAAUCGCAUCGAUACAAAACCAGAAACAUGAAGUUCUACCUGCUGCUGCUUCUCCUGCUGCCUCUCUGCUCAGCUCAGCAGCAUUACAUCGAGUGUUACGGUCACGACUUCCUGAUGGUCAACAACCAGCUGCUGCAGUGCACUGGAAAGGUCCAGCAGGUCUGCUACACCAGAGAUAACGGUGAGAAAGGCUGCACUCGACUGGAGAACUGCUCUCGACCCGGCUGGAACUGCUGCAACACCAACAGCUGCAACGCCUGAACCCAUCACAGGCCAGGAAACGCCGACAUCAUCGGCCCACAUGAUGUAAAUAAAGCUGUGGGAGAUUUCCCAGAAUCUGAGGUCCUGUUUCUUUGAGUUCACUGUAAACGUGAUUAUCUACAGUCUGGACUUUGAAUUGUGUAAAUAAAGUUUCAUCGAUCUGAA